AUGAUAUCUUGCAAAUACCCAAGUUCUCCGGCUAGCAUACUUGGGUACGUAGCAGCAUCGCUCGUACUUGCUAACCAGAUAGCUAUAAGUGCUAUAGCUCGCUCUGCUUGUCGCGGGACAAAUAAUACCUACACUCAAAAAUCCUUUGUUAAUCCAACUUUUUGCUUCAUUUUAUCAUGGAUUUGUUCUGGUUCCGGAAUUGCUCUCCUACUAUCUGGUGCAUAUCUCAGCGGUCAUCAAGAAUUUCUAGCUGCAACAAAAGCUUGCUACACCUUAAAACCUCGCUUAUUUGACGCGGGUGGCUCGAUGGAAAUUAUUGGAUGCACCCUAGGUCUGUGCUCUGCUUACUACUUCUGGGCUAAUAGUCAACCAGCACCCGGCCAAGCGGUUGCACAUCAAGAUGGCGUUGCAGUGGCUGAUUCUAGCAUUGAUGCUGCCUCUACGUACUCGAACAACCCCAAGCAACAACAAUAUGUUUGA